UUUCAUUAAUAAUCACGUUUGAAAUGUACUUCACCACACGGACGAUUAUGAAGAUAUUCUCCAAGAAGGCUGAGUUAGAUACCGUCAUAUCAGUAUUCUCCGCGUUCUCCAAGUUCAUGGUUUUGCUGAGACACCUACUGGUCUACCUGCAGCUGGGUAUUUUGGGACAGUGGGUCUCUGACCGGUUCAGGCAGAUCAGCAUUCUGGCUAGCACCAUCAAUGACAUGGAUUUGGGAGAGGAAUUGAACCGGGAGUCAUGGAAGAUAUCCCGGUUGUCAGCGGUGUGCCCUGGACAACUGCAGACUAGAACUGAGAAGGUGGAUGGCCAAUUACCCCUUAGGGUUGCGUCCAUUGUCAUAUCAACUGUUAUAAUCUUUUUGCAAUUUGGCUUGGAGGUUUACUAAG